AUGGGUAAAGAUGAAUAUCGGGACAAAGAUUCUAUUUCUAGCAAAUGGACCGAUAUAAACCAUAAAUGUCAUCAGUUUCAAGAGAUCUUCCAACGCACUAGUGACAACUGGGGAAGCGGACAAAACGAUGUGAAUAUUUUAAUAAGAGCGUUGGAAGAACACAAUCAGACGAGAGGCGGCUUCACAUAUUUGAGAUGUUGGAAGCUUUUACGAAGAAGUCAUAAAUGGUCAAACGUACCGACGAUGACGUCUAGCGGUAGACGUAAAGCAAAGCGGUCUAAAAUAUCAUCGUCGGUUGACCUGGACACACCCACUUCAAAUGCUUGUAACGUCGACUUAAACAUUAAUUUGGAGGACGACGAGGAUUUGGAGUUGCAACGACCACCCGACAGAAGAAGUGCGAAAAAUAAGGGGAAAAAGGCGGAGUUCUCUCCAUCUAAUCCCGACAUAAUGAAGGAAGAUUUCGAAGAGAUGAACCAACGCCUACAAGACAUUCGAGAUCUCGGUCAUAGGCGUUUAGAGACUAUGCAUAAAAGAAACGCUGAAAACAAAAAAUUUGUCGCGAUACAAGAAUCGAGGCAAAUGGAGAAAGAUAUAGAAUUUUUGUCUAAACUCAUCGACCAUCUCGUAGGCGACUCGUUGAUCCUAGCGCAAAUGCGUCGGCAACAAAUCCGUCAAAAAUACGGACUUUAG